AUGUCAACAAAUUCAUUCCAUGAUUAUAUGGAUUUAAAGUCGAGAACGAAUACACGACAGUUGUCAGAUGACGAAGAAUUCACUACGCCUCCAAAACUAAGCAAUUUCGGAUCAGCUUUACUUUCCCACACAGAAAAGGCUUCUGCUUCAGAGAUAUUAUCAAGUCAUAAAAAUGACAAGAUGGCAAAUCGUUUAGAAGAAAUGGACAGGAGUUCCUCGAGGAGUCACCCCCCAUCGUCAAUGGGUAAUUUGACAUCCGGCCAUACUAGCACCUCAUCGCAUUCAACUUUAUUUGGACGGUAUCUAAGAAAUAAUCACCAGACUAGCAUGACAACGAUGAACACUAACGAUAUAGAGAUAAAUGUUGGAAAUAGUCUUGAUAAGAGUUUUGAGAGGAUAAGAAACUUGCGGCAAAAUAUGAAAGAAGAUAUCACCUCAAAAUAUGCUGAAAGAAGAAGUAAAAGAUUCUUAAUAUCCAAUAGGACAACAAAACUGGGUCCUGCAAAGAGAGCAACAACCUUGACAAAUGUUUUCGACGAGGAUGUGCCUAACUCUCUAAAAGAACCAAUCAAUGCAAGGGAGACAGUAGAAUCAUCACUUGAGGAUUCCAACCUAACAAAAUUUAGAGAAACGAAGAAGAAUACGGACUAUGAUUCGAUUGAUUUUGGAGAUUUGAAUCCUAUUCAAUAUAUUAAGAAACAUAAUCUUCCCACUAGUGACCUUCCACUAAUAUCUCAAAUUUACUUUGAUAAACAGAGAGAAGAAAACAGACAGGCAGCACUCCGAAAACACAGUUCCAGAGAAUUACUUUAUAAAAAUAGGUCUUCUUCCACUUCACUUUCUAGCAGCAAUUUAUCGGCAAACAAGGACAAUUCUAUGACAUUCAAUAAUAGUUCUCAACCAAGACGAAAAAUUUCUACAGGAUCAUCUUCAUCUAAAUCAUCAAUCGAAAUAAGGAGAGCUCUUAAAGAGAAUGUUGAUACUAGCAAUAACAGCAACUUCAACAGUCCGAUUCAUAAAAUUUAUAAAGAAAUUGGAAGAAAUAAAGAUUCGGACUCUGAAAAAAGGGAAGUACUGCGAAACAUAAGCAUAAAUGCAAACCAUGCCGAUAAUAUUCUUCAACAGGAGAAUAAAAGACUAAAAAGAUCAUUAGAUGACGCCAUAACAAAUGAGAAUAUAAACAGUAAAAAUCCAGAAGUAUUUUAUCAUCGGCCAGCUCCGAAACCUCCAGUCACCAAAAAAGUUGAAAUUGUUGAACCUGCGAAAUCUGCUUCCUUAUCGAAUAAUAGAAAUAUAAUUACAGUUAAUGACUCUCAAUAUGAAAAAAUAGAACUGCUGGGUAGAGGUGGAUCCUCUAGAGUUUACAAGGUGAAAGGAUCAGGCAAUAGGGUAUACGCGCUUAAAAGGGUGUCUUUUGACGCUUUUGACGAUUCAAGUAUUGAUGGAUUCAAAGGAGAAAUAGAACUUCUGGAAAAAUUGAAGGACCAAAAACGUGUAAUUCAGCUGCUAGAUUAUGAAAUGGGGGAUGGUUUAUUGUAUUUAAUAAUGGAAUGCGGUGACCAUGAUUUGUCACAAAUUCUUAACCAAAGAAGUGGCAUGCCACUGGAUUUUAAUUUUGUUAGGUUUUAUACAAAGGAAAUGCUACUGUGCAUUAAAGUAGUUCAUGAUGCCGGUAUCGUUCAUUCGGAUUUAAAACCGGCAAAUUUUGUCUUGGUGAAAGGCAUUUUAAAAAUCAUUGAUUUUGGUAUAGCGAAUGCAGUACCUGAGCAUACGGUUAAUAUCUAUCGCGAAACUCAAAUUGGUACUCCGAACUAUAUGGCGCCGGAAGCAUUAGUUGCUAUGAAUUACACACAAAAUAGUGAGAAUCAACAUGAGGGGAACAAGUGGAAAGUCGGGAGACCAUCUGAUAUGUGGUCAUGCGGUUGCAUCAUUUAUCAAAUGGUUUACGGGAAACCCCCAUAUGGCAGUUUCCAAGGCCAAAAUAGACUGUUAGCUAUUAUGAAUCCUGAUGUGAAAAUCCCAUUUCCUGAAUAUACUAGCAAUAAUGAAAAGAUUCCAAAAUCGGCCAUUGAAUUAAUGAAAGCAUGCCUGUACAGAAAUCCAGACAAGAGAUGGGCUGUGGAUAAAGUACUGAGUAGCACUUUCCUUCAACCUUUUAUGAUAUCUGGAUCGAUCAUGGAAGACCUCAUCAGGAAUGCCGUUAGGUAUGGUUCAGAGAAGCCUCAAAUAUCGCAUGAUGAUCUCAAUGAUGUGGUAGAGACCGUCUUAAGAAAAUUUGCGGAUUACAAAAUCUAG